AUUUAUCUACAUCAUUCGUGGUUCCCAAUGUCUAGGAUCACAGGAUGGGCUGUUUAACUUGGAUUAGAGGAUUCAAAAUGCCAUUUGCCUUUAAAGAUAAGGAGUUCAACAAGGUAGCAGCAUUCUUCAAUGUGUUCACAUUUCUACUGACAUGUUCAGCUCUUGUUCAACCCAGUUGGUUCCGAAUCAAAGGACUGCACUGCGCUCAGCGUCUGUCCCUCGUACAGUUCUUUACUUUCGAUGAGGAUGAUGAUGAUGAUGAAGAUCAAAUAAAUUUACGUCAAAACGAAUAUGAGUCUCAAAGACAGGACUUCAAUGGCUUGCCGCCAUGCAUCACACCAGAAAUUAUCACACUGAUGAGGGUACUCAUAAUACUAUGCUUUAUGGUCCUACUCAGCUCCUCUAUCGGAGUUAUCAUAAACCUAACUAGCCUUAACAGCAAAGCAAUAAAAAUGUUGCGAAGAAAUGCUAUCCCAAGCAUAAUGUGUGUUUUCUGGGUGAUUGCUAUUGUGGGCGUAUGUUAUUAUACCACUGUAGUCCUUGGCAAUACAAACAAUAGUGAUCCUAAUACAAUACAAGUUGAUUAUGAGUACGGAUUCUACACAAUAACUGGAGCAGGAGCUUUGGCCUUACUGGCAUCUGCAGCAAAUCUCUGGGGUGCUCCAUUAUCCAAUGAUGAAGAUCUGCAGAGGCGAAACCUCAUGGAAGAUUGGGACGGACUAGAAGCUCAUAGUGUUGGGCCUACUCCUGCAGUACCCACUCUACCUCCUUACACACCUAACGCCGAUUAUGUACCUAGCAUACACCAAAGUUACGCUCCCCCAGUACUUGGUACUCAGCAAUACUUUCCUUUCGAUGAUCUCUCUGUACUUCCACCCCCUCCACCUUACACUCCAUAAGUCCUUACUCUAUUAUAACACCAACACUUUUUUCUCCUAUUAGGAUCUUUGUAUAUUUCCUAAUCUUAUUGUUAUUUAGAGAAAGUAAGGCUUGUGAAUAUGAUACUAUUAUAAUUGGAAACAUAAUAUUGUGUUGAAAUUUGAGAUUAAUCUAGAAUUUUUCAAAGCAUGUAGUGAGGUGAAAGAUACUCAAACUCGAAUAUGAAGAAAGUUGCUUUGACUUCAGAAUUCAUCAAUUAACAGUCUCAAUCAAUAAUAGCUAACAUUCAGUGUAUGAUAUAGAAAAGUAUUAUUUAAAAUUUUAGUUUUUUAAGGUCGUUUAUUUUUAACCAAGGUAAGAGUAGUUUAGGAUCAGGAGUAGCAGUUAAGUAACUAUUAGAGGAGUUAUAAUAUCAAAAUAAUAAUCUGUUGGUACUACUUAAAUUUAAAAUAAUAUUUUAUUGACUCUGACACAUAGGUACACAAGGAUGUAGGUCAUGGUUUUCUAAAUUGACAAUAAGAUUAAUUGUAAGUAAUUGUAAACAUUUUUCCCUUCCAAUUUUCCCAUACAUAAUAGUAACUGAUCUUUAAUAAUAAUGAACACUUCUUGACUGUUAAAUAAAGAUUUUCCUAGUGUUACUACUGCAGAUUAGGGUGAGAGGACCACUACGGCUGAAGCACUGGAUUUUGUAUAAAUAAAAGUACAAAUGGAAAAUAAAUUCUUGAAGGUAACACUUAACAAAAACCGUGAUUUUAUGCCUUGUAUUUUUUUAAUUCUUUCGCCAUAUACCUAUUACUGGCUCGGAAAAUUAAAUUAUGUAUAUGUAUUGCAGCUGCUAUUAUGUGUGUGGCGAUAUAAUAAUAAUAAAAAAUUGAUAAUUUUGUUCCACAUAAUAUAUUAUUGUGGUUGUGAAGGAAGUUGCUAAGUUGACUUUGCUGUUCACUUCAACAUGUGAUUUGCCAUUUUUGUGCCUACUCGUCUCGUAUUUCACAAAAUGCUUUAAAAAUAGUUUACGUAGUUUUAACUUAAUGACUAUGCAUCAAAACUCAAAAUUCAAAUUAUGUAAAUGGAUUAUAGUUACGUAAAUCAAUUAUUUAUUUAAUAAUAAUGAUGUGAUCGAUGAUGCAUUUGGUUUCAAAAUGUAUUUGGCAGCAAAAAUGCCGAAAUUAGUUUAUGUUCGUUGCUUUAAACUCGUAUCAAAUUAAAUAAGGGUUGUGAAAAUGUAGUUUGAGCUACAACUUUGCCAUUGUUGUUCCAUUUCGAUAAAUAAAUCGUUUUUAUUACACCAAGUGAUGGGACGAUCAAGUGUACCUGGCGGUAAGCAACACGCCUGUCCAUAACUGUUGCACUGCCACUCAGAGCUUAAAAUUGCAAAAAUCUGAGGGGCACUGCCUCUGGCGCCCCAGUCACCCUGAGCAUAAAAUAAAAGUCCUAUGUGCCUGUAUUUUCACCAAAAUCUGUAGUUAUUAAAUGAGAAUAAUGAACAAAAUACUUAAUUAUGACUUUGUCAAGCCCAAUAAAGAUUUUGUUGUACACACUAAAUAGCAAUAAAACACUAACAAUCCACGCUCAUUAAGGUCAUUAAUGGAACAAAACUAUAACAUAUAUUGCGAAUUGGUAAAAACUGUAACAUCAGAAAUAAACACAAGUUCGAUAUUUUUGCUUCCAAGUGUAGAUAAACUUAUAAAUAAUCCAUUCUUUCAUGUUCAUCAAUUUCUAUGAUUGAUAUAGGUAAGGGUUGUUAGUUUCCAAAUAUUUAUUUUUCUUUUCAAAUACUUAUGAGGUAAUAUGAUUGUGAACUAUUUAACGUAUUUUAUCGGAAUUUAAGUUGAUCCAAAAUAAAAAUGUGUUGUAAAAUUUUUCCACCUGACAAUUUAUGCCUUAUCAAGGUGUCUUUAAUAAACGUAUUUUUUAUGUGAGUCGUGCUGAAGUGUUCUGUCCAAACUCUGUUUAUAAAAUACAAUUACUGUGGACACUGGCGGAUUUGCUCUAAGGCCUAAUAGGUCUGGGCCUAGGGUGGCCAAUCGUGACAAAAAUUCACUGAUGGUAACAAGAAAUAACUCAAAAGUACCUAAAUAUUCUUAACACUCACGCCUAUUAUUGCUGGCCGCACUGCAUCGCACCGUUAAUCUUUGUAAAUCACUUUCGUACAUUUUAUGUAUAAAAUAUAGAUAUGUUACAUCUAUAAUGUAAUGUAUAAUCACUACGUCUGUCUAAUUACGAUAAACUCAAAAACUACAUACUGAACGGAUGCUGGUACUGACUACAUUGCCUGGGGCCUAGGGCAGCCAAGACUGCAAAUCCGCCACUGACUAUGGAUUCUUAAGUGUGCUGACUAGUUUUGUCCAACCUUUACUAGUUUUUUUGUACAUUGCAAUUUAUAGUAAUAAUAAUAUAUCCACGGAAAACUUUAUGCUUGAUAACUAGGUAAUUUUUUGGUUUUUGAAUUAAGGAAAUUAAAUUUAACAACAUAAUUGUUUAAAGAUUAUAAAAAAUAUUUCUUAAAAUAUAUUGUUCGAAGAAAGAGCUUUUAUAGAUUUUAGUAACUUCAUAAUAUUAAUAGUUAAAGAUCUGAAUUCCCAUUAAAAAAUAUAUUAAAUAAUAGAAAAUACAUAAUCAAAUAGAAUAAAUAGAGCAUGCCUUAUGAUGUUCCAUGUUACCAAAAAUAUAAGGAGAGUAAUGUCUAUAAUAAAUAACAUUAACAUUAAUUAUAGAAGUUCAGAAAUUCAAAUGUUUCUUUUUAUGAUACAUAAUGUAUAAUCGCCGGGUAUGCAAAAAAUAGGCUCGACCUAACGGUAAUAGUCAACAGUGAACGGUCUCUAGCACGCCGCCGCCGCCAACAUCGUGGGACUGUGGAACACAGCGUAAUGGGAGUAUUCCCUGAAUAAAUUAUUAUCUUGAAAGUAACUCGUUAAUUAUUCAUUUGAAGUGAAGAUGUACAUUAUCUCGAAAUAGAGUAAUUUGUAGUUUUGAACUUCGCAAUUAUGAUUAAGUCUUAUGAGGAUGUUAUUAGUUGUAUUGUUUGUUAAUGUAUAGAAUUCCUCUAGCUGUAAGAAUAGUUAUUCCCAGUGAUUACUGGGAAGUUUAUUUUUACAUUAAAACAGAUAAGAUUUUAUUUUGAGUAAGACCAAUAUGCAAUACAUAUCUAUAAACAUUAUUGUUGUUACUAUUAAUUUAUACCCUUGACUGUUUAUGUGGGGCCAUUGACCUACCAAUAAAUGGACGUCGGGUUCGCGCUAAAAAGUGUCCGCACCUGUAGGGCGUUCAAAUUGCAUACAGAGCGUCAAUUGCGCAAUAGUCUUCGUUUGUUCGAGUGACUGCGC